AUGCAUAUCCUUGCUUCCUCAAGAUCUGCUUCACCCACCGGGUCAACAACAAUGUCUGAUACAAGCAAUGGACAGCGACAUAGCAGUCACUACAGUGCUACCAGUGUCUUGGUGAAUACAAAGCGAUUGGUCGAGACCCUGACCCGCUGGGCUAAAGGUACCAGCAGCGCCGCCGAUGUCUCUGAUGCUUAUGUUCAGUUAGGUAAUGUUUUCAAACUGGCCUGCCGAACUUUCCAGCAAGCUGGUGUAGAUAUCACGAACAUUGGUGACAUUCCAAGAGAUCUAAGGGUUAUUUUACAGGCUGCUAUAUAUGAGGAGCAGUCCCAACAAACAUUGGAUAAGUACCUUCCAGAUAUCAGAAAGAUAAUCACAAAUUUGAUCACAAAGUUGAAGGAAAAACAACAACAAAUGAGAGAGAUUGAAGACUCAAAAAAUUUGGGUAGAAAUCUUUCUGCUCAUUCUUCUCAGCGGUCUGUGUCGGGACCUCCUGUAAGCAAGGCCUAUUCCCAAAGAAGUAGCAGUAGCGCUGACAAUUCUCCACAGUCGAAGGAUCCUUUGGCUAAAUUACAGAAAGAAGAAUCCCUUAAAAGACGAGCAUCAAGAAGAUUUUCAGCCUAUCAGUACGCCAAGUUAGCCAAUUUUGUUCCAGAAAGAGAAUACCCAGUGCCAAAUCCCACAGGCUCAAAGUCGCCAUAUCAGGAAUUAUCAAAUCCAAAUUCUGCGGCGAGAUCACUUUCUAAAUCACCUGAAAGUGUAAAAUCGUCUUCUCGGUUUGCGUCUUCCAACGUUCCAGCGUUGACCUCUGAAGUGGGUCAAACUAAUUCGCCUUCUGGUAGUAAGUCUUCUCAUGCGCCCGAUGGUGAAAGAGUCCACAUAUAUUUGAAGCUUCAUCAAGAAACUAAGAAAGCGAACAUAUCCAUACCAACUUCAUUGACUUCCUUGCGGCUUUUGUUCAUACAAAAGUUUUCCUAUUCCCCUGGUACUGAUGCAUUUCCAGAUAUUUAUAUAGAAGAUCCUAAAGUUAGUGUUAGAUACGAGCUGGAGGAGAGCUACCUCGGUGAUAUUCAAGAGGGCACCAUUUUGUCCCUUAACGUUCCUGAUCCAACUACUAUAUUAAUUAAAGGAUUGGAAGCUCAACUAAGUUCAUUGAAGUUACAAGUCUCUGAAGUGCAAACGAAUGUCCUUUCUGAAGUGAAGGACAUUGUCGCUACAAACAAUAGGAACCCAUCAAUUGCUGCAACUGAUGAUUCUAGUAGUUCUAAAACUAUGGUGAAUGGUGCUGCUUUAAGCAAUGCUGAUCUUGACGAACUGGUUUCAAUUCGUCAAGACCUUUCUAAGGCAAAACAGGUAUACUCAGAUAACAAGAACAAUUUUACCAAAACCGUUCAUUCUCUUUUGGAAAAGCUGCAACAAUUUCAAAGCGCAAAUGUGUCAUCAUCGCACUCUGCCAACCGAACGAUCAUGAUAAAUAGCCAGGAACGACUCUCGGUCGAAUGUGAAACACUUCUUACAAAAACUGAUGACUUGCAAGAUAUCAUUGAAGGUUUAAGGAAGGACGUGUCUACGAGAAGAGCCAGACCUUCCAAGAAAAAUUUGCAGUACGUGUCCAAGGAGAUUGAAGAAGCUAAAGCUGAUCUUAAAAAGGUGUCUGAAUAUAUUGCUAACGAGAAAGAAACUUGGAAAAAGAUCUGGGAAUCUGAGCUUAACACUGUUUGCGAGGAACAAAAGUUCCUCAAUCUUCAAGAAGAACUUGUAGAAGAUCUGAAUGAAGAUUUAGCUAGAGCGUAUGAGACGUUUUCACUUGUUGAAGAAUGUUGCGAACAAUUGGAAAAAACACCAGCAUCAAAAAUAACACCUAAUCUACCAAUUCCGGAGCCUGGUGAAAAUUUGAACAAUGUGAGGACUGCGUUAAUGUCUGAAGUUGAGCUACUGCAGCCUGACCAUCAAAACAGAGUUGAGGCUAUAGAAAGAGCAGAAAGGUUAAGAGAGAAACAGAAACAAUUGACUAUGGUUAACGAAUUUCAAGAAGAAUUGGGUGGUUUUGUAGAAGGCCAAAAGUUGAAAAAAUCCGGAGGAAUUGAAGAAACAGAAAAGAUUCGUAAAUUGAAAGAUGAACAGAAUUUAAAAGGAAAUUACGGUUAUCUUUGA